AUGCGUCUCACAUCCUUACUACCCCUCGCAGCCCUAGCGAGCCUGUCUACAGCUCAGUCCAAAGGCUGUGGAAGAGCCCUCCCUUGCAGCUUCCCAGAGGCAGGAACAAGCCACAACCUUACCCUUCCGGGCACAGACCGUCGAUACAGACUAUACAUCCCAGCCAACUAUGACAAGAACAAGCCGACGCCACUGUACUUCUCCUUCCACGGUGCCACGCGUGACAUGUUAGAGGAAGAGGCCCUUUCUCAGUUCUCGAACCCACAGUUCAAUCCCAACGGUAUUGCCGUCUACCCAGAUAGCACGAACGGAUACUGGCUUUCCAACCCAAAUGCAGACCUGUCACGGCCCAACGACCUCGACUUCACCAAUGACCUCCUCGACCACAUGGAAGAGAAUCUCUGCAUCGACAAGAGCAGGGUAUACUCAGCUGGCAAGUCGAAUGGUGGUGGGUUCACAUCCGUCAUUGCCUGCAAUGCCACCGUGGGAAGCCGGUUCGCGGCCUUUGCUUCCGUCAGCGGCGCCUACUAUGAUACAGACGAGACAGAAGGCAUUGGGCCCUGUGAGCCUGCUGAGCGUGAGGAGGGUUAUCCAUUCUUGGAGUUCCAUGGCACGGCGGAUACUACGGCGCCUAUCGAUGGCAACACGGAGAAAAAUGCGAAACUGCCCGUGAUUGAUUUUCUGCACGGUUGGGCGGCUCGCAAUGGGUGUGGUGAUAAUGCUAGGUGGGCUAGGAACGAGACUGUCUUUGUGAAGCCACUUGUUAAACAUGCUUCUUGGGACUGUGAUGGGAAAAAGGAGAUUGUUCAGCAUUAUCGGGAGAGUGAGAAUGGUCAUUGCUGGCCGAGUACUGUCGGCAAUGAUGACUAUCCUGAACAUGCUGAUCAGUGUCCGUUGGGAAAGUCUCCUUACAAUGCGACUGAAUAUAUCUUUGAGUUCUUUGCGGGUUACCGCUUGAACUUGUGA